CCGGGCCGGGCCGCGCCGCGGGGAGGCCGAGGCCGGUGAGCGAGGUCCUCCAGGCCCGGGGCGGCCGCCGCGCGGGGGGUGCCUCAGCCGUGGCUGGUGCGGGUUCCCGCAGGGCGGGAACGGGAGACCGCCUGAGCGGCGAUGGCCGGGCCAACCGUCAUGGCCAGGAGCGUCAGGCCGACUGUGCCCGAGGCCUUCGUGGUGGGCCAGCUGAGGAUGAGGGUGGUGGAAGAGCAAACCAGCGCACUGGUGCGAGACUCGGAGGCUCUCGGCGUCGAUGGGCAGAGGUGGGGAGAAAGCAGGGGUAAGCUUUUUUCUUCUUGGAGAGCUCACGCUUUUCUUAAUUUUUCCUCUUGUUCCUCUUUGCACCCGUUUGCCAUGCUCUGCUCUUCUCUCCACGAGAGAGCUGGUAGGGGCAGAGUCAACGAGAAUGGGCUACAGCAACCUGGGACUUCAGAAACACCUGCUAGUCACCCAGCCAUUAGUCCUGUGCAGGCCAGGGUAGCAUUUGUGGGAGAAAAUACGCUGUGGAAAAACUGUGAAACACUGGUGAAUCAAAUGUGUCAGUUAGGGAGUGUUGUACAGGCACUGAAUUUAAACAUCUUCCGCCUGCAGACAGAAAAGGAACUGACUCCAAAGCAUGCAGCCCAGUUGGAGCAGCGCCUGAAUGCAAUCUGUGAGGAGCAUUUGCAAGAAAUGAAGAUUGUACAGCAAGAAACAAUGAAGUUGCACCAACCCCUAAGUGAUAUGAAAGAGGCUGAAGAAAAGGCAAAAUAAGAAGUUCAGAAGCUGAGUACUGCUCUGGAGAUUACAACUGCAUCCAAGGUACAAAAGGUUAUUAUAGUUUCAAGUAUAAAUGGACUUGGUUUUAAGUACAGGAACACAGAACAGAAAAUUAACUGUAGGCUUCAGGAGCUAACAGAACAGCUGUCCCAGGACGUCAGCCUGUGGGAGUCUUUGGAGGAGUCCCAAGCAGCUGUGAUGUGUCAUGUACAGGACAUGGAAACAACAGUAGAAGCAGAACGGAAGCAGGUACAGAUAUUACAGCAGGACUGCCAAGAGUUGUGUAAAGAUGUCCAGCUAGCCCAAGUGAGGCUGCAAGAGGAGGAGGAGGAAAGAACUGCCCAACUAGAGCAACAGUGCACACAACUGAAAGCUGAACUGGGUGUGACAGUGGGUUAUUGUCAUACCUUUUUAGACCUUCUCUCCCUGCUUCCACAGUACUCCAGGAACUGUAUCACUUCCCAGCUUGGUGAAGAAGCAAAAAAUGCACACCUGUCCUUUAGCAAACAAUGCAAAGAGAACCUGCAACUUCAGUCUAAAAUAACCACCAUGCGAGAAACAGCAGAGAAAGUACAGGUGCUAAAUGACCACUUAAGCCAGCAAUGCUCAGAGCUCAGCACCAUGGUCCAAAGUGUUGCCAUGGAGAAUGCUAAACUCAUUUCAGAUCAUGAGACCAAGCCUAAGGAAUGUAGUCUACUAUUACAGUCCAAGAAAGUUAUCUGCAGCUUGGACAUCAGACAACAGACUAAUUCCGCAGAGCAAGAAAAGACUCGUAAGCUGCAAGAGCAAGACUCACUUCUGAAUGCUGCCCAUGCCAACAUUCUCGGAGGGCUGCAGAGCGUGCAACAUGAGAGGGCUCAGCUUCAAAGAGAGCUACAGCUUUUGGUAACUGUUGCUAGACUGCAAGGUGAACUUGAGACAGCUUUGCAAGAGAAGGCAUCUCUGCUGGCAGAAAAGAAAGAUCUUCAACAGGAGUUACAGAAAACUUACUGUGUUAAAGCUAUAUUCUUGAAGGCUGCUUUCAGACCCACGUUGCUAGAGUUCUUAUUUACAUACCAAUUCUGCUUUCAGAAUAUUAUUUUUUUGCUAUUGCAGUGGCAAAUAAGGACAAUAGCAAAUGAAACCAUACAGGAAAGGAACAAAUUGGAAGUAGAAAAAACAGAGGAUGAGCUAGAAACGGUUUCAAUGAAAUUCACUUUGCAAACGCUAGAGGAAGAGAACAAGAGGCUAUUGGAUCACUUGGCUGCACUAGUACGUGAGCAGUAUGCCCAGCAGCAGGUGCAACAGGUGCUGGCAGAGCUGACUGACAGCAAGAAUAAACUGACCUGUGACAAAGGAAAACUUCAGUGUCAAGCAUGUAUAUUAAGAGAGUUCUGUAUCAAAAUCAUCUUCAAUCCUGCUCAUACUGCCUUUGGGCCACAAGAUGCUGUUGAUGUAGCUUCUCUAGGAUUUGUGGUAAGUUGCUUAAUGUGUGAAAAUAGUAGAAUGGCUAAGAACCACCAGGGGGCAUUAAAACAUAAUAUAUGGGUAGAAAAUUGGUUGAAAGGGCUGCCUGGUUUUGUGGUAGGAAUGGCAACAAAAAGAAGAAAAUCCCCAGCAAGGUCUUGGCAACAGAAGUCUCCUGAUCGUAAUGCUAGGUCAGGUGCAGGCUCAAGAGAAGGAACUGUGAAAUCUGAUGUACGUGCUUGUGCUUAUCGCUCUACUUUACACCGAGUUCAUUUUGAACAAGUUGAACAUUCAAGGAACUCUGUGUCUGAAUGUGGAGAUUGUCCUAGGGUCAGUCAGAGGAUUCUGUUAAAUGCUAUAAAGAAUAUGGGAGAAAAAUUGGAGAAUAUAAUAGACAUUCUCACUCCAAGAUCGUUGAAAACUGGAUGGUCUACUGGGAUUAAUGAAGGAGACUUCAAUGUGCUUGUACUGCAGAUGGCAGACCUGCAGCACCAGCUGGACGCAGGAAAGGAUGAUAACAGUAAGGCGACAGCCAUGCUGGAGAAUGUGUUAGCUUCUCAUAACAAGAUGCAAGCAGCUCUGGCUGUGGUACAAACUGAGCUGGGACACAAGGACACUGAAAUCAGCAACCUCAGAAAAGACAAGAGCCAGGCUCAACAGAAAAUACAGAGGCUAGAAACAGAAUUGGAACAUUGCCGAGCCAAACUGGUUGCCAUGGGAAGGCAGCACAGCAGCCAGGUGGAACCACUUUGUAAGACACUAGAAAGUGCUAGAACAGACAACAAGAAACUUGUUCUUCUUUUGGAAGAAGUUCUGCAGGUCAAUAAUACCCUGCAGAGCAAGCUGGUCCAAGCUCAAUAUGAACUGAAAAGUAAAGAAACUGAGCACCAACAGCUGAUAGUCUGCAGGGAACAGUUAAUGGAAAAAGCCAAGACUGAGGAAAAGAUGUAUGCUGAACAGUUAGAGUCUUUGAAGAAGCAGUUUCAAACUGAACAAGAGGCUUCCAGGAAAGCUGCCUGUCAAGAAUCUGCUGAGGUAAAGAAAUCCCUUGAAGAAUCCUCCUCCAAAUUGGCUGAAGUUUCCCGUGCUAACAGGGAGCUGCAGCAGAAAUUAAUAGAGCUGGAAAAGUCUUUGUCCAGUUACAAGGAAAAGCUAAAAAGCCAAAGAGCUCGAAUCAGACAAUGCCUGACGUAUAAAACUAACACAGAAAGGGUAAAGGAGACUGAAUCUGAACUGAGGAAAAUGGAAGCAAUAAAGGAGGAGUAUCAGAAGAAGAAUUAUGAACAAUCACAGGACAUCCAGAAAUUUGUGUCAGAGUUGAAAAGUGUGCAGAGCAAGAUGCAAGUGUUGUUGAAAAACCAACAUGAAAUGCAAGUGCAGAACAGGCAGCUGGAGACCCAGGUGGAAGCAGAGAGAAGACAAAGGCAACAGCUGGAAAACGAAUGUCAGAAACUGGAAAACACAGUCAAACAUCUGAAGAAAUAUAAAGUGGAGACAGAACAGAAACUGAAGGAAGCCAGCAUAGAGUCAGAACAGAUCACAACUAGCCUAGAAGCAGCUCAUCGUUGGUUCAAAUCUAAGUUUGACAGCCUGCAGCCCGAAGUUGUGAAAAACCACCAGCCAAAGAACCCUGAAGAGAGCAGCUCUAAAAAGGAGACAAAGAAGGCAAGCACAUUCAUUUCAAAGAGGGAAGCAAAGAAAAUAGGAGCAAAAGCAAGAAGAGCUUCCCACUCACACCUCCCUGAACAGCAGGGCAAGGACCCAAGGCCUCCAGCUCACCACCAGGAAGGCCCACGUGAGCUGGGCAGGAAAUGAGCUCACUUGACUGGUGAUUCCCAGCCCAGGGAGAGCUUCGCUUGCUGCCAGGACACUACCUGCUAGUACCCAGGUGCCGGAAGGAUCGGGAACUUUACUUGAUCUGAUAUAGUUAGAUAGAUCUGUAUCACUAAGAAGGCCUUGCAAAUUAGAGGUGCUCAUGGGGCACACAUAUAUAGGGGACAUAGGAAUGCUUGUUUAAAUCAUAAACUCUGAUUUGAAUUAACUAAUACCUCUCACCUUGUCUUUUUGACUCAGGUGCUUUGCAUUGUGAGGCUGGUAUUUACAAAACUACUAUUUAUAGCAAAACAAUUAUUCUUUAUCCUGUAAACUAUAUGCUGUUGAUAUGCUGCAUCUUUGCUUUUGACACUUUCUUUUACCAGCUUUAGGCUAAGGCCUGGCAGGUGCUAUCAAAACAAAUCUCAGACUGAUUUGCAGAGGGUUCAGGUGAAUUACUGAAGACUGAGUCAUAUGUCUGUGGCUGGAUGCUGACGUGACUGGGACAAGGAAGAACUGGCAGGACUGGCUGCUUCUAAUGGUCGAUGAUACCUGGGUCAUGAGAGAAUAUAAGCCUUGGGCUAUUUUAGGAGUAUAUAAGGAAUUCAUGAAGUAUAUGAUGUUAUACCACACAUCAUCUUACCUUCAUAAGAAUUAGUGGAAUGUGUUCAUUGUGUCCUACUGUGGAACAACACACUGGGGAAAGAGUAGUUGAAGCAGAUGACUUAUAAUAUGUUGAAGAUGAUUGUAACAUGGACAGUUUCAUGCUUGUUCAACUGAGGAUCAGCUCAUCUUUGUCAUGGCUUACUCUUCCAUGUGGUUUCAAUAUAACCUAGCUUCAGUACAUGUGUUGUUGCACUCUAAUCUGCUUCAACAGAGCUGUUUGUUUGCAGACUCCUCUGUGAUCAAUGGUUAUCUAUACAUGCUAUUUGCAAUACUUGUUUAGUUUAGUGGGGAGGGAAGUCCUGCAUACCUCUGGAGCCUAGGAGCAGCCUGAGGACACACUGGAAUUAGCUCAUUCUGCUCCUCCAGAAAUUUGGUCCUCAACUAUAAUGUACGUACUAGGACUCUGGACUAAUUCAUGGUGACCUGAGCCUCUCCUUGAAGCAAAUGGCUAUUCUAAGGAACAAGGGGUGGCUAAGCACACUAUUAAGGCUAAUGCACACCUGAGUAUAAUAAUUAAAUUGUGCUGCUUAAAAGCGGGCCUAUACAAUAUGGCCUUAGGUGUGUCCCAGUCAAGCUGCUUCCUUCAGAAAUCAAUUGGCAUCUAUGCCACACCUGCUCCGUAAAGCUGCUUGGGUGGCUUAGCAUAACCUGUGCCUCUCUGCCUCCACAGUGUCCUCAGGCAAACAGCAGUCAAAACUGUAAUCUAGUUUUGCUUGCUAUGAACUCAAACUGUAGCGUAAUCACAGCUGAAAAACAGUUGUCUCAAAUAGCACUUACCCUUUAACACUUUUGUUUAGAUUGAAUGCUUAAGUAGGUUGUCUAACAAGGGACAAAUGAUUGUGACCUUUGCCUGUGCAAAAGGACAAAGCAUAAGGCAGCUGCAUUUGUACGAACUGCAUGUUGGCAGGGCAACAGCACCAAUCACCCCUCUGUUUUCCCUCUGUGGGAGCUGUUUUACCAACAUACACUAUACUGCAAGGGCUGGUUCUUCACCCCUUCCUUGUUCCAGAAUCCCCUGCUCUCUCUAGGGCCAUGCAUCUGCAGUUACUUUGUAUAUUGAAAUGCAGACUAUGAUUAUAUGGCUGCGGCCAUUAAACUUGGUACUUUUAUUUGCAUAGUGACAGUCUAGUCCAGGUUCAACAAAUCCUGUUGCUUCUUCUAAACCUGUUUGGGGUUUAGGGUGGAAAGCAGUAAGAUACAUGGUGUAAUUGUGAAGGGAUUACUGCAUGCCAGUACCUUUUAACUUUAGCACUACCUUAACUUUUGGCUAUACCUGCUUUAGUCAAGUGAUGCAGCUCAGUGGGUCACAUGCAGAAUGAAAAAGCUGGUCCAGAUGUCCAGGAUGUGUUUUGCACUGGUUUUUACUUCAGAGUUGCUCUAGUCUAAUCCUGCUGAGUGAAUGCUCACUAGCAACUGCAACACUUCUGGAAGCCAUCUUCUAACUUGCUUUCAUUUGAAAGGAAACUAGUUUGUCUGCUCAGAGCCUGCUCUGCAACGUGAACCACAGCAUGGUGAGUGGCAGCUCAUCCAUGUGAAACAUCACAAGUACACACUAGACAAGAACUUGUUAUUUUCUUUAAACACAGUCAUUUCAAUAAAGUUGUAUUAACCUAA